ACCUCACCGGGGUUUUGGUGCGGAAAGCCGAGCAUCCGGAACAGUGGAACACCGAGAAUUUGGAUAGUUUCAAUAUUUACCGUGAAGAUAUUGCCAAAGCGUUUACGUGGUGUUACAAUGUGAUAGAGGAUAACAUUCUUGAAAUCCUGGCCGGACUGUUGGACGAUGCAAUUAAUAAAAAUCCAACGCGAUGGACUGAAAUAGAAGCGUGCAUUUUCGCAUUCAAGUGCUGCGCCAGCGUUGGCAGCGAGUCCUCUGUGCACAUUCAAAGGUUUAUGAAUAUAAUGGCGGAUAUAACAUAUACGCAAUAUAAUGUCAAGCUUUUGGGCACAGCAGUCGAGACAAUUGGCUCCUUCGGCUACUGGAUUAAAGCCAAUACGUCAUAUAUGCUGCCAGCGAUCAAUCUGUUGAUAGGCGGGCUCAGCUCUUCAGUGUCGGUCGAGGCUACUCUCGGCCUCAUGGAGCUCUUCAGCCACUGCCAUAUGCAUAUGACGCCGUAUGUAGAGCCAUUACUUAAGGCGAUUUUAGUCGCUGGAUACAUGAAUGAGUCCGAUUUGGAGAAUUUGGUGUCCACCAUGGGUAGUGUGAUGAGCCUGAUGCCGGGCGAGGAGUUAUACAAUCAGUUGGAGGCUAUUGUCGGUCCGUGGUUCGAGGAGCUGCGGGCCAUUUGCCGGGAGCAGGAAAAAACAUCUUUAGCCAGGAAUCACAUAAUAUUUCGGCUUAAGAUGCUGUCGCCCCUAUUCAUAUCCUUGAAAACCAAGGAGGAUGAAGAGUCUGACAACAAUUUUAAUUCGAAUUCCGUUUUGGUAGUAAUAGACUCAACAAUACAGUUGAGCCAGAAAAUAUUAGAAAUUUGGUGUGGUCAUAUGGAUGUCGUUGAGGCCGUUUGCUCCACCAUGAGCAAUGCCAUCAUCAGUUUAAGGAUCAAUGAUUUGCCAAGGGUAACAUCUAACAUCUGUAGUUUAGUUGCAUUCAGCUUUAAGAUGCGCUGCUGUCCACCCACCUUGGAAUUGUCGAAGGCGGUCAUUCUCAAGUUCUACAAGAAUGACGUGACUCGGCCAGUGAUGAAAGAGCUCUUGAGAGAGUUUAUCCAUCAAGGAUUCGUGGUUUUUGAGAUUACUCCCGAGGAGAGCUACUCCGAUAUUGCGGAUAUAACUGGUAGUUUCUUCAAAUAUUUCGCGCAGAUUAUAAAAAUGGCUCCAAAUAUCUUAAUGGACAAAGAGCUGCCCUACAAUAAGCUUCUUGCCUUUGCUUUACGAGGAAUGUCGAUGCAGGAGGGUGUUGCAAUCCGCAGCAGUCUUGAUUUUCUGGAAGAACUCGUACUGCAUUCCCAAAGCUAUGAGCACAUCAAAGAGAUCGUACUGGAUACCAUCGAACAGAUCGUUUUCACCUCAUUGAUGUGUAUUGGCUCGGUGUCACCGGCAAGCGAAGUGGAGAACUUUGUGGGUCUUUUCUUAGCCUUAAAUCGAGAAUAUUCGCGGCAUAUGACCUGCGCUGUGUUUACCUUCUUUGCGAAACCAGACUUUCCUUACCCGCAUCUUACGAAAAUGGAAAGGAUCAUCCAAGGGAUUCUAAUAGUUGAAGAAGGCGACGAUAGGGAACUGCUUCAGAAGUAUAUAUGCGAUAUGGCCCUCAAAAUGCGACGACUCGCCGAACAGUUGCACUGAAACAGUGCAGUGAAACUGUAUCCAAUUGUAUUUAGCUUUUUAUGAAUGUUCCUUGGUUUACAUCAAAAUUUCUUGUUUACAAUUUUCAUUGCGGCAUAUACUGUCCAAAUUUCAAUAUCGUAUUCAAAAUCGAAAAUCGAGGAUUUUACAAAGUUUAAAAGGCUACCAGCGGCACCUGAGCGGGCAGCUUGGCAAACCAGUAAGCGUAGACUUCAACCAGAGAGGAUGCCUGCGCGGCAGUUCCUUUCAGCCAAGACUCGAAUCAGGAUUGUCUUGUAUAACUUUUAUGCGGUGCUAGCCUCGGCUGACUACAUUGCUUGGGCUCAAACCGUUUUAGUCAGUUUCUAGGAUCUAGAAAGAGUCCUUGCCUUAUGGUGAAAGUCUUGCCUAACUAGAGAGCUAAAAAACCAACUUGUCCCACAGGUGGCUCUGCACACCUUACGGUGCAUUCUGAUAGAUGGCGAUUGUUAAUAUGAUUAAAUAAAAAUUAAAAUUAUAGUAAUUAA